CGGUCGCCAGGCUAUUCAUUUGGAAUAGCACUAUUCACCAGAACAAUCUGCCUUAUGUCAUGAAAGCAGUUUUCUGUACGCUGGUCCUCAGUUAUGCGUCAAAUGACCCCAUCACGUGAGCAAUGUGACUAAUCGGGUUUUUUCAAACUAGUUCGAAACACCUGUAGAUCGGUCAACACGCACAGGAAAUAGUUAAUGUUUGGAGAAUUAGCCGUCACCCCAAAUGACUAUACAUGAUGCGUAUGAGAACGUAAUAGAUCCAUAUUAUGAUACAAGAACGUAUGCAAUAGAUUUUGACUAUGACUUGCUCGGGAGGCCGAUCGCUUGGGAUCCUCUUCUUUCAGCCGUCCAGCUAUCAUGCAUUCGAGGUUUUUGCGAGCGAUAUUCUUGGAGUAUUAGUGGCUGUAUAUUAGGCUUGGCGAUACUGAUACCUCUGCUACUGGAGACUCUGAAAAAACUACCUUGGAUUUUCCUUCAGCUGUGUGCCCAGUGGAUGGUGCGGAAAGAACUGAAAAGAGAACAAAGGAUAUGGGAGCAACGUAAGCGUUUUAUGCAACCUGAAGACCAUGACAGAUAUGCAGCCGUGUACUGUCGGUUAGUAUCGAGUCAGUUGGGUGUGACAGACUGGCGGCACCCGAUACCAAGAGACUUGAUAGAUUAUGAGGCAGUGCGUUUCGUGUUCCAGCAGCCAUGGCUAAUUGAAAAAACACACAAAGCACUUCAGACGGCUAGUGUUGAUCCAUCUGUGGAACAAUUGGUGGAGGGUGAGCUAGAAGACGCCUUAAAAUUGGCUGAAAAGCAAAGACGGCUUGCGAAAAGAAAACAACUCUCGAUUCCAGGGAAGAUUAGGGCUAGACAUAUGUUAGCAAAGGGUGAAGAUAAAAGUCAGACAGGCUCAGAAAUGAGCGCGGAGAUGUUACUCCUUCAGGGAUGGAUGGAGUUAUAUAAGGCACGUGUUCAGUGGGCAAGGAAGGAGAACUACGCUUGGUGGUUGUCACAAGGAAGAACUCUGCCAGUCGAAGCGUAUGAAGCAGUUCAACGUCUUCGGCCGUUGGUUGGUAAAGACAAGAAGGUAAAAGCUGGUUUUGGUGAUCAACUCGUGGAAAUUGGGGAGGAUUUGGUACAGGCCUUUACUCGCCUGCCUCAUCAAGAGAUUAUAGAGGGGAUUUCAUCGAAACGGAAAACUGGCGCCAAACGAAGCACCCCAACGAUAGAAAUAUCUCCCCCAGAAUACCAUCGGACUGAAAGGCUGCUCAGUCAGCAACAAGAAUCAAACGAAGCAAUGAUGUUACGUGAGAUACUCGGAAUGGAACACUUGCACAGAGUGAGAUUGAGACGACCCAGGCGGCACUCAUCAGUGUAUCAACGAAGUAGACGAAAAACGAAGACAAGAGAAAGCAGCAUUUUCCGCCGUCCAACGGGGUACUGACUUCAUCUUGUUGACUAUUCUGAAAGGACACGCAUGACUUCCCCGAAACUCGGUAGCACCAACGGAGCAGUUGUACUCAGUAGCGUUGGCAAAUUAAAAAAAUAUUUAUCCAGAAAUACAUUAUUACUUCUGCACAUCUUCCGGGGGAAUGAGAGGAGCUUCUCUACACCAGGCUGAAGCCGGGGUCGCUCCCCGGAUUUUGCUUAUCCCCAUUUGUGGUAACUAAUUUCUGAGCUCUUGCAUCGUCAAAAAGCGACUGGUAGCUUGCGCUACACCUACCAAAGCUGCAAAAUAAGCAC